AUGUCAAAAAAGUUCAUUUUUCAUUGCGCCAUAAUUAUGGAGCCACUUCAAAAAUCUUGCCAUCAUCACGAUUUCUUCGCUGUAAAAAUAAAUGGGGUCGGGUCGGAAUACUACGACCCACUGCUCUCGGUCUUCGAUUAUUCAGAGAAGAACUCCGAGGAGGACUACGAAGCAAUCGUCAUCUGUGCUAUAGAAAAACUCCAACUCCACAAGCCGCCACAUCCACCAAGCACGGCUAUGAGGUGCCUUUGCAACCAGUCCGGCUGCAAUGUCCCUGAACCACUCGAGGAGUUCUUGAAGUUCAAUCGCAAUGUAUUCCCCCUAUUACAGGUUUUACGAAAAAUGAAAUUCAGGUCAACUUUUAAUGCCAAGUGGUUGGGAAAUAUCGCAACAAACUGGAAUCGAAGAAAACAACUCCUAUUUUCUGAAUUAUUAUCUUAUUUUAUUUACAUUUCAGGCAGAUCCUCUUCUCUCGUAUUCGUCCCGAUUCACAGCGACAAAACUUAA